AGACUUUUCCCAGUGGAGCUGGAGAACAGGCUUCAAUGAAAACUGCCUGUUUGCAGCUAUAUGGAGAUUGCAGCCACUGCAAUUACUAUUUCCUCUCCCUGACCUGGAGCAGCAACUUCAUCAGCAGGAUAGAAAGGUAGCCUUGUUGCCUAGCAAAGGUGGGAUGAUUUAUCUGUGUGUCUAGAUCGGUCCCUUUUCUUUGCUGCACAAGAGAAUUGCUUUCAGACUUCCAAGGAGAAUGAAGCCAGGCUAGAAAUCUGAGUGGACGUGGGAGAGCUGCUCUCCCAGGGAGUAGAAAGAGCCACAGGGUCUCUGUGCUUUCUGUUCCUGUGCAGCGUGGGACAAUGGUUUUGUCUGCUCCAGUUAUAGCCCUGGGGGCUACCUUAGGGACUGCAACUAGCAUCCUUGCCCUCUGCGGUCUCACCUGCUUCUGCAAAUGCAAGCAACCUGCGAAAGGACUCUCAGAAAAGGACCAAGAGGAGGAGACGGAAAAUACUAAGCCCAGUGUGCUUCAGCCAGUCCAGCAAUUCAACGUUAAGAAAACUGCAGAGCCAGUCCAGCCUCGAGCACUUCUGAAGUUUCCCAACAUUUAUGGCCCCAAACCAGAAGUAACUUCACCUGAAAUUGUUAACUACACACAGUACUCUCUGAAGACAACAGAAGAACCAGCUACUGGAAAACUUACUGCUUUGGAUGAGAAUAGGAUGAAGAUACAAGUCAACGAAGAGCUGUUUGUUCUUCCUCAAAACGGUGUGGUAAAGGACGUGUGUGUCACAGAGCACCUGAAGCCCGAGCAGGCAGCCAGCGGUAGCCAGGCCCCCGAGCUGCACUAUUCCCUGGUGUACGAUCCUCAGCAGGCAGAGCUGCGCGUGGCCCUCCUGGAAGCUAUGCAUGGCAGAAUGAGUGGGGACCAAGAUGCUGGCUGCCAUUGCUACAUACUGGGAACCCUGGAGAGCAAGUCUGGUAUUGCUGAGGCCCAGACUGAGCUGAAGAAGAAGGUACUGCACACCCUUUGGGAGGAGGUGCUGCGAUUCCCAUUAACAGAGGAGGAGAUGCCAGAAGGGACACUGACUCUCACCCUGAGGAACUGUGACAAGUUCUCCAGGCACAGCAUUGUGGGGGAACUCAAACUGAACCUUGCUGAAAUGGAGGAAUCCUUUGGGAAGGCCCAGUGGGAAAGGCUAAAGAGCCCAGAGAAGGAGCCAUCCACGGGCCAUGGGGAGGUUCUGCUCUCUAUUAGCUACCUGCCAGCAGCUAAUCGUCUGCUGGUGGUGAUUAUUAAGGCUAAAAACCUCCAUUCCAAGCAGCUGAAAGACCUACUUGGCAGUGAUGUUUCUGUCAAGGUGACACUGAGGCAUCAGUCACUGAAGUUGAAGAAGAAGCAGACCAAACGUGCAAAACACAAGAUCAACCCUGUGUGGAAUGAGAUGAUCAUGUUCGAGGUGCCUCAUGAGCUCCUGCGUGCCUCCAGCGUGGAGCUGGAAAUGCUGAGCCAGGAUGGAGCUGGCCAGAGCCAUGUGCUUGGCAAGUGCAGCCUGGGUUUACAUGUCACAGGCACAGAGAGGAACCACUGGGAAGAAAUGCUGAGGAACCCCAGGAAACAGAUAGCCAUGUGGCACCAGCUCCACAUGUAGGCUCAUCGUGAUUACUGACAAGAUUCCCAUCAGGCCUCAAACCCUGGGGAAAUAAGCUGAAUUUCACCUUCCACCUUCACCUCCAUGAAAUUGCUCAGCACAGCACUCUGACUACACCACCCUUCUCUGAUCUUCCUGCCCAUUCUAGCCCAGGAAACUGUCUGGAAAAUGCAUUUAAAGGACAAUCUCUCACCUAAUCAAACGGUUGUCUCAAACAAGGGUUUGGCUGUCAGGAUGGUUUGAAUUAAUUCUAUUUGCCUGCCCACUGUCUCUUCGAGAGGUCCCUGCUUCUGUAAAAGAGCAGAGGGAAGCAGAGAAGAGCAAAGUUAUCACGGAAGUGUAAGCCCUUCAUUGGUAUCGAUUGCUGUCAUCCAAGUCUCUUGAUGAGUAUUGGCUCCAUAAUCACAAACACACAACUGUUUUUAUCAAUCACUGCUUUUCAUAAUACUCUACAAGACUGAGAAAUGAAGAUCAGAGAACUGACUGUCAUGGCAGGCACAAAGAAUCAGUAUGAAAAAGAGAGUGAAGCCAAAGUGCGGUAAAUGGAUACCUAGAAAAAGAUACAGAAUGAAGGCAGAGAACAGAGGAAGAAGAAAGGGAGACACAGUCAACACCCUCAUCCUGUGCAGCCUUUGAAGCAAACACUGCCGAGCAAGAAGUCAAAUACCUUAAUUUACUUUUGUUUCCUGGAGAGUUUGAUACCUUGUAUUUGAGAUUCAUGAAAACUGCUGAAAAUAUGAAUGUUUCAGGACCCUUUAGCAGAAUACCUGUAUCAUUUAUCUUUCUAUGGUGUCAUCCAGGAUGAUCCCAAAUAUAGACAUAAAUUUAUUGUUGAUGUUACCUCCAAAAACUUGGACCAAAUCUUUCUGUUUACUGCCAUCUUUUCUGCUUGGGUUUUUCCCAAGUUUCAAAAAUGCUAAUUAUAUUCCAGGCAACAUCUAAAAAUAGGCAAAAGAAGUGGGAUCAUUCCGUACCUCAGCUGAUAGAUGGUUUUGGUUUGACAAUUAACUAUUGCAUUCAAAUCCUCAUACCAGCAUUACUCAAAGACAACCCUUAUUAACUGCCAUGUAUUUCAUCACUUCCAGACAGAAGGAAUUCACCAACCAGACAGACUCUCUGGGGCUUGUUUUUCGUGUGCACUUUCAAGAUUUGAUGUGGCUUAAAUGUUACUUUUGACUGUCAUUUUUUUGUGUCUCUAGAUGGACUGAAAGUCUGGCAUUCACAGUGAUGAUGUCAUGACCCUAUAAGCACAAUACUUGUCCUACUACUUUUUUCCAAGUAGUAGACACAACUUUAAGGGACUUCCCUGGGGACAAGGCAUCCAAAAAUCUGGAAACUGAACCAUAUAACUUGUAGCCCUGAAAAUCUCAGAGAGCUUCAUAUUUGCAGGGUCAGAUUGCCCCUUGUUUAAAUCAAAAUACUGAGCUAAGCUUUAACUAGUAUCCAUUCCAUUCUGAUGGUGCUGUCAAGUAAGUCUAGCAGCUUGUCAAGGGAAGGCUGUCAUCCUGUUGGCAGAGGGAAAACACCACAACCAGUGUCUGAAAACUGUCUGAAGCACCAGGCACAAUGGGUUAUGAACAGGGAAGUAAAGUUCAGCUGGAAGUCAGUAACUAGUGGUGACUGGGGCUGGUCGUGACACUGACAGAGUUUAGCAGCUCCAUAAAUGACCUAGACAAUGGCACAGAGCAUGGUCUUGGCAGGUUUGUAGAUGAUGUAAAACUAGGGGUAGUAACUGGUACCCAAGGCAGUUGUGCUGACAUUCAGAGGGAUGCUGAGACAAAUGCUGGAGAAAUGGGUUAACAAGAACCUCCUGAAAUUCAAUAAGGAGAAGUGGAAAGUCCUGCACAUAAGGAAAAACAACCCCUUGCAGUGCAGGGGUGAAGGCUGAACAUCUAUAAAGGAGCUUUCCAGAAAAGGACCUGGGUGUGCUGGUGGACACCAAGUUGAACGUGAGCCAGCAGUGGGAUCUUGCAGCAGAGAAGGACAACUUGUGCUGCUUUAAGCAAUGCCAGCAGGUCAAAGGAGGGUGAUCCUUCCUUUCAGCUCAGCACCAGUGAGGGCAAUUCUGGAGUGCUGUGUCUUUUGCUGGACUCCCCAGUGCAAGAAAGAUAUGGAGUUUCUGGAAAGAGUGCAGCAAAUGGCCAUGAAAACAUUCAAGGGACUGGAGCAUCUUCUGUAAGAGGAGAUGUCGAGAGAGCUGAAACUGUUUAGGUCAAUGUGUACAGGUACCUGACCUGGGAGAGGACAAAAGAAGAUGGAGAAAGACUCUUUUCACUGGUGUCCAGUGAAAAGGGCAAGAGUCAAGGUCACAAGUUGUAAUGUAGGAAAUUCCAUUUGAACACAUGAAAAAUACCAAGAAUAAACCCCCCCUUUUUUUUUUUUUUUUUUUUUUUUUUUUUAAAACUCAGAGUAUAAUCAAAUACUGGAACAAGUUGGCAGGAGAGGUUGUUGGGGGUCCCCAUGCUUGGAGACAGUGAAAAUUUGAUGUGAUACAGCAUGAACUACCUGCUCUAGUUUAUCCCACUUUGAGCAGGGGUGAGUUUGGACAAUAUGCUCUCCAGAGGCCCUUUAUAUCCUCUGCAAUGCUAUGAUUCUGUGAAGAAACAGACAAGGUUGAUGCACACUGAAAACUGUUAUCUUUACACUUCUAUUUCUUUUGUGGGUGGUGUAGCCAGGAAUUACAGGAUCAUUUUGAAGACAGCAAUAAAGCUUUGAGCAAUCAGAGAGAGAGAAAAUCUAAGCAUGCCCAUGAAUCUUACAUCCAAUAUUUUAAUCUCUGAUAUCGAUCUAUUGGCUAGAGGGCAGGUAAACAAAAAGAAAAUUGGUUUCUUGUUUUGCUCUAUGGGUUUUUGUUUACUAACAAAAAAAGCUCUAUGUUACUGUGAGUAAACUGGACACAGAGGUCUAGUUGAUAGUAAAUUCUUAAUGCUUACUGUGAUCCUGAUUUACCUGUAGAUAUACCUAUAGGUUUGGAAUAAUAAUUUCCAUAUAAGUGCAGAAUUUAUUGGAAUGUUGGUCUAAUCCACAUAAAGGUUCCAGGCAGCACUGUGAUAUUUUUGGGGGAUGAUAAUAAGAAGGAUAACAUCACAGUAUGAUGCUAUUUGGCUGGCACUAGAAAGCCUGAAGGGCCAAAUAUUUGCCUUGCUGCCAGCUCCUCUAGCUCAGCAUCUUGCUUGUUUCACUGAGCCUUUUACAACAUCUUGAUGACUGACUGUCAACCGCAUUUUAUCUGCCUGUGCUCUGGUGAUUCUGGCACACCCUGUAAUAGAUAGCAAUCCUAUGGCAUUUAAAAGUAUAGAUCCUCAGAAUCUGACUUAGCUCUGGCAAAACAGUGUCCUCUUUUACAGCAGACAAAUACGUGUUCACAUGCUACUUAACCACAAAUCCGUCUUAGGAGCAAAGUGGUGCCAUCAGUGUUAAUGAACGGCAUUGUUUCCUCCUUUGCUGCGGUGGGAUUUAAUGGGAAAGAGAGAAGGAGUGAAAAUGCAUACAUUUUCCCCGGCUGGAUCAUUCUUGCUGUCUGGCAUUCUAGCCUGCAAAGAAUGCUCCUCGCCAUGCGCACAGCCUGAACAGAGGCUGCCAGGUGUCCCUGGGAGGAGGCAGCCGCCGGCCGGGGCUGACAGCGGGCACGUAACGGGGACAAGGAAUGCUGUGUACGUGUGGUACCCGAGGGGCAGGGACGCCCAGCACGGCCUUUUGAACUCUAACAGGAGCUGUGUGUCAUCGCAUUCCAGCGUCUGCCCAAGCCCUGCCCUCAUCCCUCCGAACGGCCUCUGCAGCAAUACCUGCGUGUCCCUGUGGUAGGUGACAACGUCAUGAAGGUAAACCCGAAAAUAUUUGGAAAUGCCAUUCUAUCAAGCAGCUCCAGCAGCGUGAGCUGUCAAAGUAUUGCUGAAGUGCCGUAAGGACAGAGGCAGACAGACCCUUGGUUUUCAGCUCCUGAAGCUGAAAAUGCAGGAGCAUCAGCAAGCACCACUGCGUAUAAAAUUAAAGGAUGCUGCUUAUAAAUUGCAUCGUAAGAGAAGAAGCAAAACCCCCUCAGCUAUGGCAAUUAAUGUUCCUAAGAUAUAUGUGUGAACAAAAGCAGCCACAAGAGUCCCCAGUGGCUAGUUAGUGGCUGGACUGAUUAUUUUGCCUGCUGUAAGCAUUAACAGGAAGAAGUUGGAAGCCAAGAGACGGCAGGGAAUAAGGAAGGAGGAAAAAGAAAAAAAAAAGAAAGAUGGUGUCAGGCAGUCUAUCUGGUCGGAAUGAAUGUUCCUUUUCACUAAAGGAGUGAAAAUUAAACUAAACUGUGUGUUUAAGGACAGGGAUUCACAAUCCCUCAUCCAGUGACAAAGCUCAAACAAUCAGAUUACUGUAAAACAGCCUGAGAAAUGCAGCUCCCUCAUCUUACCCAGCUUUGCCUGGGAAAGGUGGUAUCCUAAGGUGGCCUCUGCUCAGAGGAAGGGGCUGAGAAGCCAGAGGAAAUGGUCUGUGACUACACUGAGUUCCUUUGUUAAAAUACAGACUGUAGCAAUCUGUUGUUUUGUCUCAACCUGCCCUCAGAGGUAGAUUUUCCUCCCCAAAAAUUAUCUAGUUUGAUUUUAAGCAUUUUGUCCUACACUAGAAGGAUUAAUAAGCACAAAUCAUCAAUAGUCACUAAAAUAUCUGAGAUUUUUAUUCUCAUUACUUCCCCAGUUGUAAGGGGAGUGGUUACAGCUGCUGCCCUGUACGGGUAACAUUUUUUCAGUGCAGGGUUUUCCCCUCAAUUGUUGUACCAAAUAUCCUUGCAUGAUAAUAAGAAAUGUGUUUGCUUUGCAAAGAGGUAAUACAUCAGAAAGUAAUGGAAAAUUCCCUUCAACAGGACUGGGAAAAUUUUCAGGCUCAACUAUUCUCCCAGGUACUGAUGGGCUUUCAACACCUUGAACAGCUGUACCUUGUAUUUUGCUAGCAUCUGUCAUCAGUAUUAUCUAGUAGCAGCAUUCAAAACCACUCUUUUUUAUUCCCCAGAAUGAAGUAGGUUGUCAUUUGGGCUCUAGAAUUACAGCCUAAGGCUUGCCCAGAUUUUCCUGAUGUCGAAGAUGAGUUGACGACAAUGACAUUUAAUAAGAACUGGAAGCUAAAGUGGCUUGGACCAUGCUUCUUGCACUCUUUUAAAGGUCAGUUUGAAGUCUGAUUGAACUGAAGGGCAGAGCUUUGACAGCAAUUUUUAUGUGUUUCAGAAUUUAACUAGGUAUUAAAAUGUGUUUGGUUAAUAUGCUGAAAGACAAGCAUGAUGAGUAAAUAGUAACACUCAAUAUUAUUUCUUCUGUUUUCAAUAUGCACAAGAAAAGUAGCAAAGUGAAAUAGUGAUUUGUGGCCUUCCAGCAUGAGGGGGCUUUUCUGCUUACUUGGUCCUUUAGUGUCCCACUGAGUGUGUUUAUUGUACAGAGCCAGAUAUUGUUGUCAAAAGUCUAUAUUGUUCUCACCAUCCAAUGCACAAAAAACAGAGCACAAUGCUCAGCCAUUGUGUCUAAUAUUACAGCACAAAAUGUAAAACACUGCAAGUAAAUAAUUCCAAACUGU